UUUCCAGUUGCUUUCGUAGAAUGUGUUUCGGAAGCGAACCGAAGAGGGAAGUGAUAAUCCCACGCGAGUUCUGCGGGUGAAAGUGGAUAGAGCUGAGAGUGGGGCCUGAACGCUGCCAAGGAAGCAUUUGGGGGCGGAGGCGUGAUAGAAGCGUGAUGGGGACCGUGGCCUACCGGGUUGAUCGCGUGAGAUUUCUGCCGGAGAACCCGUCGAGCAUUGUCCCAAUCACGUAUUCCGGAGUGGGGCUUGGGGCUAUGGCUGUGCCUUGUUUACAGAGGGAGCAGGUUACAGUUCCUCUCAGUCAUCUUAUCAGUGCCUUCCAUUCACCAAAACCCGUGUCUGUUUCAGUCAGUGCAUCAGUUUCUCCAAACAAGCAUCGAGAUGUAGUUCCAGAGCAUGAGGCUGCUGGCAGUGAGCCUGCACUUAAUUUAAGGGACCUUGGAUUGUCUGAAUUAAAAGUUGGACAGAUUGACCAAUUGGUAGAAGAUCUACUUCCUGGAUUUUACAGAGGCAAAAGUAUUUCUUCCCACUGGCACACAUCUCAUAUCUCUGCACAGUCCUUCUUUGAAAAUAAAUAUGGUCACUUAGAUAUGUUUAGUGCUUUACGUUCCACUUGCUUGUUUCGACAGCAUCCAAGAACUCUUCAAAGAAUUUGUUCAGAUCUUCAUUACUGGCCAGUUUUUAUACAGUCUCGGGGUUUUAAAACUUUGAAAUCGAGGACACGACGUCUGCAGUCCACCUCUGAAAGAGUAGCAGAAACACAGAAUGUAGCACCAUCCUUUGUGAAGGGGUUUCUUUUGCGGGACAGAGGAUCAGAUGUUGAGAGUUUGGACAAACUCAUGAAAACGAAAAACAUACCUGAAGCUCAUCAAGAUGCAUUUAAAACUGGUUUUGCAGAGGGUUUUCUGAAAGCUCAAACAUUAACACAAAAAACCAAUGAUUCUUUAAGGCGAACUCGUUUAAUUCUUUUUGUUCUGCUUCUGUUUGGCAUUUAUGGACUCUUAAAAAAUCCAUUUUUAUCUGUCCGCUUCCGGACUACUACCGGGCUUGAUUCUGCAGUAGAUCCUGUUCAGAUGAAAAAUGUCACUUUUGAGCACGUUAAAGGACAAAACAAGCAACCUUGUUUCUUUACGUCCUUGUCCUUGCUCUAGUUGGGAUUUGAUUUUGAAGUGUUGAACCAAGCCAGUUUCCUUGUGGCCAUCCCAACAAGCCCAUAAUCAUCAAGACACCUUUUAAUCAAAAUCUACAAAAGGAGAGUAAAUACUGGAAUCCAACAUACAAUAAACAGUUGCAUAUACAUUUGUGAUUCUUUAGAAUGUAUUUGUCCCAUUCCUAACAACUGGUAAGAUAGAGACACUUUUUUCCCUUGGUUAUUGUAAGCCAGUUUUCCCUUUGAAUUCUCUUAGCCUGUUUGUGUCUCUGGCUUCUCUCAAGCCCAUCUGUCUUUCACUACCUAUUCAUUUCUCUCCCCUGUUGGGUGCAAAUGAGAAGUGUCCCUUCCCCUGCUGUUUCUUCUUACCCUGUCCAUGUCUGAAUCAGAAUUUACUGAGUAAGCGCUCUGUAACAGACUUGAAACUGAAUGAAGUGGGUUCCAAACUGAGAACCUCUUAGGGGGAAAUGAUUUUUCCCCUAUUACGUGCCUUUUUAAGAUUUUUUUCAACUCGUUCCCAAUGAUGAAUAUGUAUAGUGCCUAUCUGAGGAAACCACAUAUUAUAUUUGGUUACUUCUUUUAACCUUUUUCUAGGUCUUUUGUUUGGCACAUAAACCUUCGGACCUUUAAGCAGGCCUUAGAGCAGCCAUACAUACCUUUGCUCCUCCGCUGAACGCUUUUGCCUAUUUUUGUUGUUGUUCCUAGAAAUAGAACUCAUGGCCUUGAGCUUGCCAGGCAGAUGCUCAGCCACUGAGCUACAUCCCUGGCUCUGGUUUUACUGUUGGAUAAAACAGCUUGUUCACAGUAGGAAGACUCAGCCUUGUUCUUCCCUCUCUUCUCCUGGUGUCCCCGGUGAAGUUUUUCAUCCUGUGAAGACCUCCUCUUUACCCAGACUUUCCACUCAGGGUGGGCUUACUUCUUCAGGCUACAAUUCCUAGUCCAGGGUUUCAGGUUUCUGUUCCAGGCACCAGUUAUCAGGUACCUGGCCUAGAUCUCCAAUAUCCCCCAAAUGAGUGUACAGUGAAGGCUUAACCUAAAUGAGGUAAGUGGUAUGCUUUUAGGGCUCCAGGAGGAUCACAGCCCUCUACAGAGUUCAGGGACUCUAGUGGUUAAGACAGGGAGUGUCUCUGGGUCACCCAUGUUUACUUAGGGGGUUAGAGUAGAAAACCCAGGCAAAUGAACAGAUCUGGGAGUGGUCCAAAGACUUUGCAAGUAGCAAAUGAUGUUAACAAGGGUAAGUAUCUUAGAAGACCCUCAUGUUGCAUUUCAGUACAGGGGUAAAAUGCCUGUGGCUACCGUCCUUACAUAACUGGAGCUGGAGCCAGGUGUCCUCAGCCUUUAUCUUGCCCCAGGCUUGCAUCUGCCCUGUACAUGUGUUCAAUUUCCAGUUUUUAUAUGUAUAUUUAUUUAUUUUUCAUUUUAAAGAUAGUAAAAUAUAGCAAAACAAGACAAAACAAAGCAAAUCAAGACAAUGCAGUGAAAUUGGUACAGAAUUUCAGAGCAGGAUACUGGGAUGGCAAUAAUAGCUACCAUAGUAUGCCUUGUUUUCUUCACAAUAGUUGCCCAUUCAAUCAGGUAUAUAAAAAUCAUACCAAAGACAGAGCAAUAUAAAACCAAUCAAACAGAAUAUUGAACACAGCAAAACAAUCAGAACAAAGCAAAAGAGUGAAAGCAAUAUUUGCCUUCAAAGACAAGAUAGAAGGAAAUCCCCCUAUUUGCCAUAUUGCAUACAGUCAUCCUCCCAAGAGAUGCUAAGACCCCUGGCUGCAGGUCAGCAUAAUAAACCAAACAUACAAGCACUUAGUUGCUUUAUGUAUCAUAGUUGCUAUCAAAGCAGGUUGUCCUCAACACCAUCCAGUGACUAAUGGGUGGGGCAGCGUGCAGAGUGGGGUGUUUGAUUCUAGGCCCACAUGCACGUAGGCCCACAGGAGACACUGACUUGUUUUCCCCCCUGGUGAGCCUGCAGCUCUCAGUGCUUAGCAGUAAGGAUGGCUCGUUGCUUUUUUGGUGGGUCCCCCAAGUUCCAGCAUGGCUGAUUCUCAGGAGAUGCUGCCUUGUUCUCUUCCUUUCAGUGGCUCCUAACAGCCGAUGUUCUUCAAGCCUAUUUGCACACCAGAAUCUUGGUGCUGUGUGUCUAUAUUAAAUAAUAGAGACAAGUGAUUCUUAGGGACACCAAACAGAUUAUCCUUCCUCCCCCCCCUCCUCCUCCUCUUCCUCCUCUUCCAUUAUGUUCCAGUGGACUGGGAAAGCCUGGCUAAGCCAGGUGGGGAUACUUCCUGAAGGAAAGUUGGGAGUCAGUAGGUGCUAUUGUAUUAAGGUUUCUCCUUCUCUUUGGCUUUACUAUCACUUUUUUCCUCUUUGUAAAAACUAGUGAGUUAACAUGCUGGCUCUGUUUAAACUUCUCCAGGUCUGGCAGUCUGCUUCCACAAAGUCCCUGGGCACCGAGGAAGGGCUGUGGUACAAUCUGCCUGGCCUCUCUGACAUUUUUCUCCUGUACCGUCUCCACCUUUCCUGGUGACUAGACAGCUGGAAUCUGGCCACAGGAUGGUGCUUCUGGGCUCAAGUUCUUCCUCAUUCCAUUUCCCUUGGGGUAUGUUGGCAAGAGGCGAAGAUUUCUGUCACUUGCAAGGGAAUGUUAUGUCAGGCUUUCCUAGCUGUACGGUAUUAACUUUAUCAUUUCUUAGCUCUUGAGUAACUCCACCAUCUCCUUGCUGCAGGGGAGGCUGGCAGUGCCCUGUGUGGCAUGUGAGUGCGGCUCUGUGAGCUCUGAGGCUGAGGCCAGACACAAGGUCUGGAGGUUUGCUCCUUUGCUGGACGGCAGUGUUUGCCCCUGUGCCAGGUGGGCCUUUCGUUGUGGAUCUCCAUCUGCCCAGGUGUUGGUCUCUUAAGGUCUUUGUUCUAACUAGUUGUGUUCAGACUGCAUUCUCUUUUUCUCUCUUGGUUUUUCCCCUUUCUCCUGGAAGAGACCUGUGCCACCAGGAGGUGCUAAUCUGUCCUGUUUGGCUCCUUCUGAAAAACUACCAUUUUAAUGAUAAUGAAAAUCCUUUUCUUACAGGAAGAGAAGGAAGUGCUUAAACCUCCUCUGGCCUGAAAGUCUGUUGUCCUCUUGUCCUACUCUUCAUCCUGGGUGUGCAGCCUGGACCCCGGGGCCUCUAGCUACGUGUGAAGCCAGGCUGCCUGGCACAGACGGCAGGCCCAAGGUUUCUGUUGUUCUUUUCUUUUCUUUGGUUUUGCUUUUUGCUUUUUGGGACAGGGUCUGAUUUUCUAGUGCAGGGCUGGCCUUGAACUCAUAACAAUCCUCAUGGCUUAGCCUCCUGAGUACUGGGAUUCCAGGCUUGUGCCACCAUGCCUGGCUUCAAAGUAUCUAAAUAUUGUUCUGUGUACACACCAGCUGGAACUGCAUUACAGAAAGAAGCAGGGACUCAGGACGGGGCUGUUGUUCUGAGACCUCAUCUACCCUGCUCAAAGCUGCCUGUGGGGGUAGAGCAGAGGUCAUCACAACCUGAGAGUCUUUAUUGGUAAAUGAAAACGGCAGCUCCCAACCUCUGGACUGUACCUAAGCAACUCCUCUGGCAGGAUUUCCUCUCCUAUGCACAAGUUAAGACUGUCUGACUUUAUUUUAAUUUUGAGACAAGGCCUUCCUAAGUGGCCAGGUGGGACUCAAGCUUGCAGUCCUCUCACCUUAACCUCCCAGAAUGCUGGGAUUACAGGUGUGUGCCACCAGGCCUGGCUUACUGUGCACAAGACAUUCUUAAGGACACUAGCCUGUGUGUGUGUGUGUGUGUGUGUGUGCUCCUGCAUGUGACACAUACAUAUAUGAUUACAUGCUUGUGUGGAGAGAGUGAUAAGAUUAGUGCUCGAUGACAUUAAGCAGGAUUCUGCCUUGAGUCUUAAGCUCACAGACUUUCACUGCUUUGGUUAAGGAGUAUUGCUACCUUUCUUAAGGUCCUUGCUAAAUUCAGUUGGUAAUCUCCUGAGACAUGAAUCUAGCAGAGAUAGCAUGUGAUGCAUUUCACUCCCUAUGAAGGCUUUUCCCUACAACCUCCAGGAUUUGCUCCAGCUCCUCAGAUCCAUCUCUAGCAUCUGAGCUGCUGCACAGUUCCUGCCCAGGUGCAAUCUUUUAUUGUUGUUAUCAUGAAAAACUAGAAAAAUACCCAUUUGUGAAGUACCAGUUGAUGUCUUUGUCUUGCACCUGUACUUACUAAGGGUUAGAUUUAUUGGUCUCUUUUGGCAUUGAGUUUCAAGGGCUGCUUCCUACAGUUGCUAGUGAUUAUGAUGUUGCUAGCUCAUCCCUGGACAAAGUCCUCAGUGGGCAGGGGCCCUGGCACCCAGCAGUGUUAUCAGGCAGGGUCACAAGCCCCUCACUUUGUGGUUUCUGAGUCUUUGAGAAGUGGGAGUUAACCUGUAAUCCUCAGUGAAAGGAGCCACAAAGCACACACUGAUUCUUUCUCUCGCCACUUCUCUUGGUUACUUUUCUCUUGUUGCUGAGACAAAAUACUUGACACCCAAAGUGAAGAAAGGAAAAGUUUAUUUAGCUUACAGUAUUUAGAGGUUUCAGUCUGUACUCUGCUGGCUCCAAGGCAGGGUGGUGUGGCACAGGGGCAACCCUUCAUGGUGGUGGCAGGUACCAAAGAUGACAAGAGCUAGCAAAGGGAAAAAAGGGAAGAGAUUGCCUUCUUCCUUAUAUUGUAUACAAGCUUCUUGCCCCAAGGUGGGUGCAGCACUCACACAGCCAAUCCCAGCAUUAGACAAUGAACCAAUCACAAAUGCUAGAUGCAGUGACUUCCAUGCCUGCAUGAGGCUUUGUGGGGACAUCCA